GAAUUCCCUCCCAGCCUCAGUUCCUCAUUUUCACCUACAUUACCAAUUCUCUCUCUCUGUCCUGUCAGUAUCAGCCUAAACCUGACGUGAUAACAGACUAGUCCUGCGUUACAGGGUGUAUUUCUCCAUAGCGAGCGUGCAGCAGAGUGAGCGAACAUGACUGAGUCGGAGCCUACCAGACCUCUGAUUGGAGCGUCCAGCCAGCAGACCAUGGUCGACGUGGGAACACCAACUGUAGUUGGACCCUCCCCCUCCUCCACACGGGCCUAUAAGGUGGUAGGAUUCACCCUGCUUGCAUGUCUGCUGAUUGCUGGCCAGGCAGUCACUGCCUACUUCCUCCUCAGACAAGGAAAUGACAUCUCGGGUCUGGAGAAGCAGACCGACAGCCUGAAGGGUCAGAUGACCAACUCCCGCUCCGGUGAGAAGUCCUCUGUGCCCAUGAAGAUGCACGUGCCCAUGAACCCCAUGCCCAAACUAGUCGAUCUGGAGGAUGAGGACUCCUCCACCGAGCUGCCUGGUCCUAGUCCUGUGGAUGGGACCCAGUGCCAGCUGGAGGCCCUGGGUCUGGUCCCUGUGAUGCCCGCCUCGUUCAGGCCUGCCUGUGAUGAGGAGGGCAACUACGUGCCUCAGCAGUGCUGGAAGGACAUGUGCUGGUGCGUGGAUGCUUCCGGAAAACAGGUCGAAGGCUCCAUUAAGCACGGCAAGGCCUUCUGCGCCGUCUCCUCCGGAAUGAGCCAUGGCCUGGUGUUCUCAGACGAGUGAUCCUCCAGGCCGAUCCAGGAUAUGAGGCUGUGCUGAGGACUACAGCCAGCUCACCCCACCUCUUUAAUUCAUAGAGACCUAUAAUUAGCAUGCUCUGCCACCUAGCAUAGUUAGCAUGCUAGCUCUUUAAGUUUUCGCAGACAGGUGUUUUAUCUCAUACUAUCUCAUCAGAUGUGUUUCUAUACGUGUUCUCUCAACUAACCUGUGCUUGUUCUGAACCAGACACAAACAUUUAUUCAUGUAAUUUUGAUUUAUACCUGGGGAUUAAUAAAGUUAUUCAAAUUGUCAUCUGUAAGUAACCAAUAAAAACAUGAGUUGAUGUGA